CCGCCCGCCGCCGUCGCCCGCGCCGUGCGCGUAGCGCCCUCCACGCGCCCGCUCAGCUGGACACGGCCGCGCGCCUUCGAGGCGGACAGCUCACAGCAUCAGUUCUUCAUAGCACAGUGUUCUGGCCCAUCCUUCCUCUGGGACUGUUUCCACACCUGCUGUCUGUUGUAUCUGCCAGCAGGAUCUGCAGUUAAUGAACGACCAGGAGUUGAAGCUGCACACUUGCUCAGGAAUCCUGUGACCACUUAGGAUGGAGGGAAGCAGGCAGACACGCGUGUCCCGACCGUACAAGAUCAGCGAGUCUUCAAAGGUAUACCGCUGGGCUGACCACUCCGCCACAGUGCUGCAGCGACUGAACGAGCAGCGGCUGCGUGGCCUCUUCUGUGACGUCGUCCUGGUGGCCGAUGAGCAGCGUGUGCCAGCCCACCGCAACCUGCUGGCCGUGUGCAGCGACUACUUCAACUCCAUGUUCACGCUGGGCAUGCGGGAGGCCUUUCAGAAGGAGGUGGAGCUCAUCGGCGCCUCGUACAUCGGGCUGAAGGCCGUGGUGGACUUUCUGUACGGCGGGGAGCUGGCGCUGGACGGGGGCAACAUCGACUAUGUCCUGGAGACGGCACACCUGCUGCAGAUCUGGACAGUGGUGGACUUCUGCUGCGAGUACCUGGAGCAGGAGGUGAGCGAGGACAACUACUUAUACCUGCAGGAGCUGGCCUCCAUCUACAGCCUCAAGCGGCUGGACGCCUUCAUCGACGGCUUUGUUCUAAGCCACUUCGGCACGCUGUCCUUCACGCCCGACUUCCUGCAGAACAUCUCCAUGCAGAAGCUCUGCCUGUACCUGAGCAGCAGCCAGGUGCAGCGGGAGUGCGAGCACGACCUGCUGCAGGCAGCCCUGCAGUGGCUGACGCAGCAGCCCGAGCGCGAGGCGCAUGCCUACCACGUGCUGGAGAACAUCCACUUCCCGCUCAUCCCCAAGAACGACCUGCUGCACCGCGUCAAGCCAGCCGUGUGCUCUCUGCUGCCCCGGGAGGCCGACUGUGAGGGCUUCAUCGAGGAGGCCGUGCGUUACCACAACAGCCUGGCGGCACAGCCCGUCAUGCAGACCAAACGCACCGCCCUGCGCACCAACGAGGAGCGCCUGCUCUUCGUGGGCGGCGAGGUCUCCGAGCGGUGUCUGGAGCUCAGCGAUGACACCUGCUACCUGGACGCCAAGAGCGAGCAGUGGGUCAAGGAGACGCCCCUGCCAGCCCGCCGGAGCCACCACUGCGUCGCUGUGCUGGGUGGCUUCAUCUUCAUCGCAGGUGGCAGCUUCUCCCGGGACAACGGAGGGGAUGCAGCCUCCAAUCUUCUUUAUAGGUAUGACCCCCGCUGUAAACAGUGGAUCAAGGUGGCCUCCAUGAACCAGCGCCGUGUGGAUUUCUACCUGGCCUCCAUUGAGGAUAUGCUGGUGGCCGUUGGUGGCCGGAACGAGAAUGGAGCGCUAUCUUCCGUAGAGACCUACAGUCCCAAGACUGACUCCUGGUCCUAUGUGGCCGGCCUGCCAAGGUUCACCUAUGGCCAUGCCGGCACCAUCUACAAAGACUUUGUGUACAUCUCUGGGGGUCACGACUACCAGAUAGGCCCGUACCGCAAGAACCUGCUGUGCUACGACCACCGGACAGAUGUGUGGGAGGAGCGGCGGCCCAUGACCACAGCACGCGGCUGGCACAGCAUGUGCAGCCUGGGUGACAGCAUCUAUUCCAUCGGCGGCAGUGAUGACCACAUCGAAUCCAUGGAGCGCUUCGACGUGCUGGGCGUGGAGGCCUACAGCCCUCAGUGUAACCAGUGGACCCGCGUGGCACCGCUGCUACAGGCUAACAGCGAGUCCGGCGUGGCUGUGUGGGAAGGCCGCAUCUACAUCCUGGGUGGCUACAGCUGGGAGAGCACCGCCUUCUCCAGGGCCGUGCAGGUGUACGACCGAGAGGCCGACAGGUGGAGCAGGGGCCCCGACCUGCCCAAGGCCAUCGCUGGGGUGUCUGCCUGCGUCUGUGCCCUUAAGCCGAGGCUGGAGGACAAGAAGAAGAAAGGCAAGGGCAAGCGGCACCAGGACCGCGGCCAGUAGCCCCAGGUCGGCUCCUGGAAGCGUAGCGUGCACACUCCUCAGCAGCUUUUUGGACUUUUAUGAUUCUUAGUAUUUCUAUGAUAUCACAGUAACUGAUAAAAUAUUCCACAUAACUUUACAUACUAUCUUGCUUGGACAGUUAAACCCAGGCCCAGGCAGUGUCUGAUAGGCCUUCUUGCUGGGGCUGGAGGACAGACCCCAAGGGUCCCUGUAACUAUCCCCUGAGAGUAGCUAGCACACAGGUUAUACAGAGAUUUUUGUAGUGAAACUUGGGGUCUCAAAGGAACACUUCAAACCACAUAGUAUGAGACUUCACAAACCUGCUGAGCUUUUCUUUUGUCUUUUUUUUCCUUUCUUUGCAUUUUUGACUGAGCUUUAAAAAAAAUAAAAUAAACUAUAGACCUGGGGCCCCGCCUGAGAAUUAGCAAAUGUAAAAUUCCAAGAGGAGCAGGGAAGCAGCCCUGCGCCAUCUUCAACCAGCUCUCUGAACUCUGAGCACCAGUGUGUUUGGCAGUCACCAUCAACAUCAAGCAUACUUGUUUUACUUGUUUUACAAACCACGAUGCAGGAGCCCCCCAGGGUCGAGUAAGUGGCCAGGGGUCCUGCAGCCUCCUGGACAGUCAGGGGCAACACCUGGACCUCUCGUUGGGAUUUCUGUGCCAUUGGAUUUAUUGCUGAAAAAUCCCAUUUUUCCUGGCUGGUGUGAUAAUCUUUCUCAAUUCAAAGAAGUUAACCAAGAAAGAAAGGAAGGAAAAACCAGCAGAAAGCUCUUCGUACACAUGCUGAAGUUUCUGCUUUGUUUUCUUCUUUUUUCUUUGUUUUUUGGAACCCACCGUCUCUUAUAUAACCCAGGUACUGAGUUCUCAAAAUCUUCAUGAAUUUCUCAGGAAAGAAAAAGUGGAUGUGGUACAACCUGCAGCCAUAUCCCAUUACUGUGGCCACACAAAUGAGCAUGCUGGUCCUCAGAAGGUGGCCGAGGGCCUCCCCCCGACUGAAGCAACAAGUCCUGGCCCUGGUUACCUGCUGCUAGGUGGAUUUGCAAUGCUGGGAAGAUUGUUGAACAAGUUUUUGUCCCCUCUUUUCUUAUGCCACUGGGUCCCUCCCAGGUCAACUAAGCAUUAACCUUCUGUCAAUCCAGCAUUUCCAAACUUUUUGAGCCUGAAACUCUUUUCUUGAUCUCAUGCCUAGUCCCAGACUUCUGAGAAACGUUUUGCAGAGCUUUGACCAGCUCCUGAAGAGCUCAGCCCUGUCCCAUCCCAGGACAGGUUUGAUUACUUGAAGGCCCUGUAGAAGGCACAGGGUGGCAUAUGAGACCAGAGGUCAGUUCUCCCCAACUCAGCCCAGGCCGUGAACCACAAGAGGUGGUUCAACCAGAAGUCGGGGCAGGUGGCAGUCACACAGCAAAAGGUUCCUAGUGCUUUCAGAGCAGGACAGCUUUGACCUCAAAAAGAGUCAUGGAUCCAAGCCGAAGCCAGCUCUCCACCAUUUCCUGCUGGGGCUUGCCCUGAACGGCGAGGUGCCGCCUGGGUCCUGGUUGUGUCGUGCCUUGUGGGCUCCGGCACCUGGUGUUUGGUGGCAUCUCUCUGACCAUAAUGUGGUUUGUAAUUUACAUGGCUUGGCCUCUAAUCUUACUAAGGCUGAGCACCUUCCUUUAAAAGCUGACAUGUAAGUUUUAUCGUGGGGGCCACUUCACACUGUUGGUGGCUGGUGGUGUCAGUGGAGAGGUGAAGAGCCCGGUGGUGGUACCUGGGCUAGGGUUUGGGUGUCUGCAUCUUUAAAUUGGAAAUCACUUCACUGUGCAACCCAACUAGGUGGAAGAAAACCCUUUUUCACGAGGAGGGCAGAGCCUGAGACCUGUUGUGACACUGUGCAUCAAACCGACCCAAAGUGAAAACAGCCAUGUCUGCAUCAUGUUUUGAACCAUCCAUGCCCCCAUCCACGCCCCCCCAACCAUGCUCCCAUCCAUGCUUCCUGCUGUCUGCAGCUUUGGGAACAUGUGGAAGUUUUCCUUGCACUUUCAGCAUAAGCAUGGCAGGCUUCUAUCCAGGUCUUGGUUUUGCUCAUUUUGAAAAAAAUGAGAGGGGUUUUUUUUGUUUUGUUUGCAGCACUGGUGUCUGAACUCAGGGUCUCACGCUUGCUAGACAGGCACUCUUCCCGCUUGAGCCGCUCCACCAGCCCAAGGGUUUUAGCUUUCUGUUAGAGGUUUUGGGAUUUGGUCCUCAGCCAAGUUAGAGCUCAUUUGCAUAAAACAUAAAUGUAACGGUGAAAGGGAAGGACAGCAAAAACUGAGGGCUCCCCGGCCAGCGGCACCUGUGCCCCCGGUUACUGGGGAGGCCGAGCAGGAUGGGGAGGGACUCCUUGAACUCAUGAGUUCCGGGCCAGCCGGAGCAACAUGGUGAGACACUGUCCCCAAAAAGAAAAUGCACAUCGAUUGCGUGAUCAGCAUUACGGUGUCAGCCCUCACUUGGCAAUUCUCACACUCUGCCGUUUUAGUAAAGUAACACUGCCAGGCGAGACUGGGAGAACCACAGGUGUGUAUGUGUCCUGAAUGCAUCUCUACCUGCCCCUGGUGAUAAGGUGCCCAGAAGCUAACUUGACAGGGUGUUAUGGGGUGGGAAGCCAAAUACCAGAGGGUGUUCCUCCUCCCAGGACCGGGUCAACUCUGUGAAUUCAGAUGUGCUAGCGGUGGCUCCAAGAGGCCCUUUCAGUGAUUUGAGAGUGCAAGAAGUGAUAGGCCACUGCCACCCCCACCCCACCCCCUUAUAGAGGCACCGACCUUAUUUACCCUGGUAAAUGGGGAUGGGAUGGGGCUUGGGGCUUGGCCAACACCAACCCAAGCAGCAGCUCACUGGCUUUGGACUCUUGAGGUUUUGGCUGGACUCAGCCUCAGGUCUCAAACCUGUGGGCGCAGCUCAUCUGGUCUCUGGACCUUCUGAUGUACCCAUGGAUGUAUGGGGGGCCCUGGAGGGGAGCAAGAGGCACGGGCCUCCAGGAUAACCUGGAGUGUGGACAGCUCCCCUGCUGGCUGGCACCUGAGGCCCUGGCCCCUGCAUCUGCCAAGCUGGUGUUUUUAGAGUUUUUUGAAAUGUUUUGAUACUUUUUGAUACAAUUUGCUAAUGACCAUUUUGUAGAAUGUCCACCAAGGCUCUCCACUUCAUCCCUACCUUCAGCCCCUUGAUUUGUCUGAACAACGACAGCCCCUGGGUCAGUGCCAGGACCUCCACUCCUGUGGCUUUGUCUUCGAUCUUGUCCUUCUCCAUGACUAACCUAAUACAGCCCAAAUUUUGUAAGGUCACACACAGCCGUGAGUAGGACCAUUAAUGCCCUCAAGGUUCCUCAUUCUUCAGAGCUCCUACCUCACUGGUGUGCAGAGUUGCAGAGACACCACCGGGCCCAUCCAUGUGUCACCUUUCUCAUACGGGUCAUUUCUCCAUCAAAUGGAUGGCUAGGCCCUGGUCUCUUCCCGUCCACCCAUCUUUUAAAGAAAUCUUAACCUGAUAUCUGCAGACGUUAGAACAGCGAGCCAUCCCUGCACUCUGUAUAAGCUCUGUCCUCAG